AACCUUGACAACUUGUUUUGGACGUUAUCCAAUAGGCUCACAGCUUGCGACCACGGCGACCAAUCAGCGUCGAGUAUUUAAUUCAAGUUCGUUAAUUACGGGGAAACUGAUUCAUCGUUCGUGGGAUAUUUUUAAAAACGUGAAUUCUCGAAGGAAAGGUUUGACAGUGGACCAGAGUGAAAUUUAAAAAUGGACAUCUAUCAAAAUUACACGCAUCCUUUCCAGCACGGCGGCGACAUAUCGAUUCACGAUCUCGUAGAUUGUGACAUUAAAGAAUUAGAUAUAAAUUACAACGAUCCAUCGUUUGAAGUCGGUCAAUAUACAGAUGCAGCCUUCCAUCAACAGCUAGUAAAAUCGGAUAAAUUUCACGGCAGUUUACCCGCGGACCUGACGAAUCUUCAGUGGCUACAAAAUAUGAACGUAGCCAUUCCUGUUGACCAAAAUCCCGCAAUGAGCCAGCACAGCGUUAACGUUAUGGUCGAUCCUAACACGGCAAUGCCGGUGCAGAAUAAUAUGAACGGCUGGGGACAUCAAAAUCCAGUACAAGUACAGCCAAUACAUCCACAACAUUUAGUCCAGAGACGAGCUAUUGACAAGCCUAAAAAAACCAACAUCCCCAUAUCUGCCAAGGAUGACAAGAAUCACAAAGAAAAGACUUAUCCUAAGCCAGUAUUUAGCUACUCUUGUCUAAUAGCAAUGGCUUUGCAAGACAGCGAUGCGGGGACAUUGCCUGUCAGCGAGAUAUACAAAUUCAUGCAGUAUGUUCCCCGUUAUAUUUCAUUAUAUUUUGUGACAUUUUCACCCCGUACGCUUCGUUUGCUAAUUUAUGGCCUCUUUCUUAAUUUUAGAUCGAAUUUUCCGUAUUUUAAAACGGCCCCUGACGGAUGGAAGGUAUGGUGAAUUAUUUUAUAGACAGGCCGAAAAUUUUUCUUUACAAAAUUUAUAUUGUCAUUUUGCCAAGUGCAGUUCAAUGAGGCAAAUAAUUUGUUCUGAAAUAAUGGGGGUGUUUAUAGUUCGUAAAGCAUUCUCAUAGGUUCAGUCGUUCGCAAAAGGCUUGAAAUAAUCUGAGAUAAGAAAUAUUUUGACGCAAAGCAAAGUUUUGCCGUAAAAUACAAGUUUGAAAUUUGAUUCGGUACAAUGUUGACAUUUGGCCUUCAUAUGUCCGCAAGGAAACGGUUCGCUAAUUUUUCGAACAAUAUUUUUUUAACUUUGAAACUGAAAUAGAUUCGCUAUUCGUAUCUAUUUGUGUAAGAUAUUCAUUCGAGCAUUGAUUCCCAUAAUUGUAAAUUCUGUGUUCACAAUGAUAAAGUUAAAUUCUUUGUGAAUAUGCGUGGGUUUUUAAUACGUUCUACUCGAAUGCUUAUGGCCGCCAUUAGCUACGUUGAAAUUCCCGCCACACAAAAGUUUCGGGUUCCUUUCAACGCUUGUAAGGAAGUACUUAUAUUUUGUCGGUGAAGGGCGAUUAUAGGAAGUGGCCUGACUUUUUAUAGCAGAAAUAGAUCAAGUUCUGAACGAAAUAUAUUCACUUUCAUUCAAGUUAUAUUCUCUCAUGCUGACAAUUAACAUUCAAUUCUAUCAUACCGAAUAAUAUUGUUCUGAUGGGCAAUAAUAGCGACAUUUGCCAAUUUUGUAAAGCCAAACUAUCGUUCUAUUCUGAAACAGAAAGCGAUUUAUAGAUAAUAUAUAAAGACGUCUUCUUAGUACUCAAAUUAUUUGAUUCAAGAAUAAACUUAUAUGCAGAUUUUUGAAAGUAAAAUAGUUAAACUUUCGCUUUUAAAUUACUGUCAAGUUAGUUGCCAACAUUUGCAGCUCGCUCCUGUGGCAAAGUAAACAUUCGUAUUCUGUUUUAUUCUGUGCGUUCUUGAAGGACGAAAAAACCUCGAAAACUUUGAGCAAACUUUCAUUCUUUUUCAUGAAAAGAAUUCGGAUUUGAACAAUGGCCGAAUAUAUUAUAAUAAUAAACCACACCCGCCCGUGAAAAUUAGGCAGAAUUUUCAUGCUUUGGGUCGGAAUAUUUGAAAGUUUUUGACACACACGAAAAGGGCAUGAAUUCAGGUCAACACUUAUUGUUCAAAAGUAAGAUUUUGGUAAGAUUUUUCCGUUUUUUGGGAGUUCGUUUCAUGUCUGUAGCGCAACAGGUGAACACGGCCAAUGAAUAAUUUAAAUACAAUAUGAAUAAAGAAAUAAUUUUUAAAACCUUUUGCUUUCGAUAAUAGGAAAACACUUUUCGUCAAAUGUGACUGGGUUACUUAAUUUAAAUAUUCUCGAAGUGAAGUUUUAAGCGGUCGAAAAUUUUGAAAAUUUUGUAAAUUAUGCUUGGUUAGUUUCGCAAAAGCUAUUCAGAAUUAUGCAGGCAUUCAGAAUAAUAUAUCUGACAGGUGGGAACCUGUAGAGUUGCCUUUUUUGCAUUUAUUUUCUUAUUGCAGUUUCCUUUUCUUUGUCGUCUAACAAAGGAAUUGUUCAUUUGCUAAGUAAAUUUUUAAUUUCCAAAGAGGAAAUUAAAAAAUAUCUUUGCCAAGGCCAGCUUUUGUCUGGCAACAGAUGAUAUAAAGUAAAAUUAAAGACUAGCUAGAACUUUUAAUUUAUACUCAAAUAGAUACCUUGACAAUUGUAUACUUACUAAACCAUCUUCCCCAGCUGAGGUCCAGUAUUUAGGGCCAAACUUCAUUGGUUCAAUGUUAUUUCAGGGGGAAACUUUAUUUAUACUUCAUGAUAGCUCUUACUAUCAGUUCUAAACUGUUCUGUAACGAGCUCAGCACUCCUUAUUGAUCCAGUAUCACUCGGGAGGAAAUCUGAUGAUGUGUACCUGGAGAAAAAUUUAAACCUGUGGUGUUUAUUUAAACUGGAAGUGCUGUUCCCCAGUGACUUCCCUCCACUUGUUCCAAACCCCAAUACCUCUGAUGACGGCACAGAGGACGGCAUGAUCGAAAUAGGGAAUUGUCAACAUCGGACAGGAUAGGUAAUUAAUGAAGGGCUUUCAAAAUAUUAAGCUGGCUGUGCCGGAACUCUGGCAGAGGCAACAAAGUUUAUUACUUACGGUUACUUUGUUUAGUGCUAACUUGUAAUAUCAAUUCUGCUCUCCUUCCUCAAUCCACUCUAAGCUUUCAAACAAAGUUAUUUUUUCCUCAACCUGGUCUACUUUAUAGCCUGGUUAUUUUCGAAAACAACAUACUAUUUUGUAAAACGUAUUUAGUUGAAGAAAUUGAGAGUAUAGUGAUACAUACAUUAUAAUUUGGUUACAAAGCUAGCUCAAUGGCAUUGCUAUCUAAUCAAUUACACACUAGUUGAUUUGGAUGAUUUUAACACUCGCUAGCCCACAUAGCCACAGCCUACUUAAUAUCAACACGCCACCUACACAGUAUAAUUUUGAUAGCUCCAAAAAUGCUGACUAAUUCGUUUAGUUUUCUCAUUUUAAAUAUUUAUUUAGUAAAUCUUUAAGUUUCAUAAUCUGUUUAGAUUAAUUUGUUUUUGUUCAGUUUUUGUUUAGUUUUACAUGGUUUAGAAGUAAUUUUGUUCAUAUUUAUAUUAUACUCAAAAUUUACCUGUUCAGUUUGGAACAGGUAGAUUUGUUGGGAAUUGUAUAAUUGUGUACUUGGCUUUCUUUUGGGUCUGAUGUUGACAAGUCCCUGUGUCACGCCGUCCUCUGCAUAUGCUAUGUCAUUAUUCCCACUCAGAGAAAUACACUGACUUGGAACAAGUCUAUCUUCCCUCAUGUGACUCAGGGUGAAAUUGUAAUCAGACAUAAAUUACAUAAUUGCUGAGAAUCGAACCCCAGUCUCAGAUGUGCGACUGGCACAAUGCACUAUUAAACAAUCACUGCGGCACCUGAUCAUUCACACUUAAUGCAAAAUUUUUAACAAUUCCCAACCCAUUGAUAGACAAUACACUGUCAAUUUUCAGCAGAUUUUCUUUGUCAACUUUUAUCACUUUAUUUGAGAAUUUAUGCAAAAUAUUUGAUAAUAUGUUAUGCUCCUAAAAAUGUUGAGAAUUUUCUUGAUUACAUGGCCUAUGUCAAAGAGUGCCAAGCACUCCUUUCCUCUGAUGAGGAACAUUGUCCGGCAUUAGACAGAAUAAAAUGGCAAAGUUGGGCACGUUAGGGCACAUUUGCCACAUACUGUAAAGGGCUAUAACUGAAUCAACACAUUAACAGAUAGUCUGGUUAACCCACAUUGACAAGACUAAACUUACAAAGCAGAGUGCAUGGCUUGCAUGUAAGGGAUUAACCCAUUAGGUUCAUUGCAGAGUAGCAACUGUGAUCAAGUGAUAUUGUCUGAUGUAAAGACUAAGUAAAAUGACAAAUUAUAUGCCACGUACAUUGCAACUUAUUGGGUUAAUUAUACAAUCUUUGAACAUAGAUCUUGAAUGCAUUCACAAGAACUAAAAUUAAUCCAUUGAGCACCAUGCAGUGCUCUCCAUUGACAAGUAAAAUUAUCUGUCGUUUAGACAGAGUGAAAUAAAGUAUUGUACAUUUUUCGGACAUGGAAAUAUUAAUUAACCUAUUAAUUAAUGUGUUAGUGUUGACAGUGCAAAAUAAUAAAAGUAGGGUGCAUUAAUGUAGUUUAAUAUUAUAUAAAACUUAUAUAAUAUAUAUAUUAUAUAUAUAUAUAUAUAUAUAUAUAUAUAUAUAUAUAUAUAUAUAUAUAUAUAUAAUAUAUAUAUAUAUAUAUAUAUAUAUAUAUAUAUAUAUAUAUAUAUAUAUAUAUAUAUAUAUAUAUAUAUAUAUAUAUAUAUAUAUCAUUUAUAGACCCGGAGCGAGGGGGAUUCGGCGUAAUAUUUCCCGAAGUGAUGAUAUUUUCCGAGGGGCUUAAUGCCCCGAGGAAAAUAUCAUCACUGAGAAAAAUAUCAUCAAUAUACAUAUAUCAUCACAUAUAUAUUCUCAUCCCGGCCUUUUAAGUGGACACAUGCAACUCUCCCUGUCUCUCAUCCCAAUUUAAUAAAACACUUUUAUUGUAACUCCUUAACCCUUAAGUGGCAAUGCACCCUGAUUCCACUAGUUGGAAUCAACUUCAAUCGCCUGAAGAUCGCUUCGAAAGAAGCGUGAAUCACAGUGUAGCGACAAAUAUAUUUUAAUAUAUAAUAAUCUCCUUUUCAUAUUAGAACUCAGUGCGACAUAACUUAUCCCUGAAUAAAGCAUUCUGCAAGUUAGAGCGUCCUCAGGGCACCUCACAACGAAAGGGAUGUCUGUGGACAUUGAAGCCAGAGAAGAAAGAGCAAAUGUUUAAGGAGAUUAAGAAAUGGAAAAAGAAACAUGCUGAUUCCAUCAAGGCAAGCAUGGCUCGACCAGGUACUGAAAAGUUUUAUCUACUGUAAAUUAUCCGUUCUGCCUCUGAGAGAGGUCUGUUUCAAUUAUUGUCACAUGUGACUGCACUAGGUUGCAAACUUGCAUGGCUAAAAUUUAAUCAGACUUUAAUGCUCUUUGAAUGCAUGUAAUCAUGCAGUUUCAAAAGACUGACAAAAGUCCUGGAAGAAUUGGCCCAAAAUUGAUUUGCAAACCUCUAUAAAAGCACCACUACAGUAUACAUGGUUGAGUUAACACAUCACAUGCUAAUUUGCUGCCAUUAUAUUAUAUAGAGCAAUUCUAUAGGGCAUUCUAUUGGUAAUACAGUUGAACCCCUAUGUGCGGACACCUGACCGGCCUUUUAAGUGGACAUGCAACAUGCAUGCAACUCUCUCUGUUUCUCAUCCCAAUUUAAUAAAACACUUUUAUUGUAACUCCUUAACCCUUUAAGUGGCAAUGCAACCUGAUGGCCCUACUUUAGUAUUUUACUCUGUCUAUAACGCCAGACGAUUAGGGGGCUCAAGCCCCUCCCCCCCCCCUCCCCCGCUUCUGACAGCCUUGCUGCAAUGUGUCCAAGUCAUUGGUCUUGUACUAGUCAAUACCAAGAAGUUGAAAUGACUUUCUAUGCUCUUAUCAACAUUCCUUUGAAAUUGUUGUAGACUGAGUGUCAGGGCCCCCGAGAGGUUGCCCGGGGCAAUUCAAGUUUCCCGGAGGGUUCUAAUUGACAUCAUAAUCGUAAAAUGGAAGAAGCUGUGUUUUACAAUAUAUUACAAUUUAUUGCACAUUAUUCGGCAAUAAACACAGCUAGGCUUUAUAUUAUUUCUCAGUUUCUUACUAACUACAGAUGGGGUUGUACACAACCUCAAAACAACCAACUCGCUUGCACUUUCACCUUAUUUUCUGCAGGUUUGCGCCUUUGCGGGUAGAUCAGAUCAGUGAACUCUAUAUUAAAUGCUUUUAUACGUAAUACAGUUAUUCAGUUAACUGGAUCAGACUUUGAAGGCUGCAAUGCAUUACUGGGAUAGUAAUGAAUGCAUUACUGGGAUAGUAAUGGCGAUUCAUAAAAAUCAGUGAUAAAAAUGAAAAAUACAAGUUACUAACAUGGAUGGGUUUGACUAAGAUUUCGUGCUUAAUGCGAAAUUUAAUAUGGCGGAAAAGUUUCACACACUUUUUGGCGUUGAGCUAAAAUCAGGAGAGGAAAUCAGUUAUGAUGGUUAGGAUGAACUUGUAUCUAGAGAAAAAAUAUGAACUGUCUAAUAUUAGGAUCCGCAAAUAUUCCUGCAUGCACAAUUAUACAGUCAUAGGAAUAUCAUCCAUAUUUAUUGAUAUUUAGAUAAAUACAACUGCAUUUUACAAGAUGGCCGCCAUGGCCAUGGUUUUUUUUUUGGGAGGGUACAAAACAGUGGCGGAAAUUCACUUUUUCCGGUGGGGGUGGCAAAGCCUCCUAAAUUUCCGACAAAACUUUCAAAUUUCCGACAUACCCCCCAUUUGCACUCGAAAAGACUGUUUUUAGCCCUCUUUUAGGUCAAAAUUUCCGAAAAUUCAUCAAUUUUCCCCUCCCCCCCCCCCCCCAAGAUUUCCGCCACUGGUACAAAAGCUGGACCCCCUCAUCUGGACCCCGUUCAAGACCUCUCAGAAUAUAAAAUAGAGAUUAAAAUAGAUAUUUGAUAUUUAUAAGACGAUUUUUUUAAAUAAUAGAUUAAGAUUUUAAUUUAUGGAAGUAAUUGGGCCUAGUUGCGAAGUAGUCUUUUGUGACAUAGGUUAGGCAGGUCACUACUUGUUAGAUCAAAAGAAUAGUUUCGGUCGUGUCAGGGUACGGCAUAUUUUGAGCUAGGGAUAUUGCGUAUUUAGCAUUUUAUCAUUUUUAGCGUAUUUAGCAAACUUAUAAGUCUAAUAUUCAUUGCUUCUCUGAGACGCACACACUGAUUUUAAUACUCUUCAUCAGAAGAUUCUCCACUUACCACGGAUUAAUACGUUUUUAACAAAUCCGGUGAAAACUAAAAUUAUCCUCACUUUAAAAAACAAGGUGCUAUAAAUUUCAAUUUGUUUGAAGAGCCUGUGAUCCACUUUAUAGAUCACAUAUAAGUUUGAUAUUACUUCAUCUUGCAAGGAGAUAGUGGACCCACGAUGACAACAAUCAAAAAUGCUAAAUAUGAUGCACUAUCCCUAACUCAAAAUAUGCCCUACCCUGACAUGGCCGAAACAAUUCUUUUGCUCUAAUAUAUUAAAGUGGUGACCUGCCUAAAAACUAAAGACUACUUCGCAACUAGGGAGACUAUUUCACAAAAAAAACUACUUCGCAACUUGGCCCAAUUACUUCCAUCAAUUAAAAUCUAUUAUUUACAAAAAUCGUCUUAUAAAUAUCAAAUAUCUAUUUUAAUCACUAUUUUGAAUUUAUUUUACAUUCUGAGAGAUCCUGAACGGGAUCCAGAUGAGGGGGGUCCAGCUUUUGUACCCUCCCGUUUUUUGUACAAAUAUUCGUAAAAGUCAAAUUUCUAUAAAAUGAAAACUUCAAUGGAUUGAAAAGUCACAAAUGCCUCUGCAGUAUAUUCUACUACCUUUUUGUAGCACUUGCAAAAUGAACAAGUUUUUGACAAUUUGUAGACUUUUUGAAAUAUUUUUUUAAUUUUUGCAAUUACCAAAAUCACUGUAAUUUCAUGAUUCAUCCUUCAUAACUGUCCCCCCUGAAUGCCGUAAUAAUAUUCAAAAUCAAUUUUUUUCAUAAACCAUAUUCUAUAAGCAUUCCGAAAAUGUAUAGUUUGUCCUAGUUAUUACCAUUCACUUAGAGUGGUAAAUUCAACAAAACGGCCAAAAAUAUUCAGUACUACAGUCAUAGGCGUACGAGACGGAGAAAGGGGGGCAACUGCCCCCCCCCCCUCCUGAAAAACCAUGGAAAUUCGGACAAAUGCUAGGAAAAAUCAAGAAAAUUCGGGCAGAUUUAUCAGAAAAUAUGUUAAAAUCAGGUUAUUUAAUCAUUCAAUUAUUAAUCUCUUUGAGUGCAAACCAAUCAGUGUGAACCAAUCAAUCAAAUUCAGUGCAAACCAAUCAAUGUGAGACAUAUUUUUUGCAGACGAAUUCCACAUUUCCAACGAUGAUAUGGAUAGCAAAUAUUGUCCAAAAGCACCACCCAAAGACCACAACGAUCAUUGUGCUGCCGCCGAUGCGGCCAAAGAUCUAUUUGGCAAUGGAAUUAUGGAAGAAAUGCACUCAGAAGCAUUCUGGGAUGAUAUAAUGUCGUCAUCGUCACCUGAUAGUCUGAAAUAUGUUGACCCGACCUUUGUAACGUCGAUAGCAGUAGGUCAUCCUGAAACAGGGUACCCCAACGAAGUUAGCACAACCGUUGAAGUGGACUCGUCAGCCCAUUAUUAUGGUAACGAAUUUGAUAAUCAUAUAUCAAAUGUAGGUAAUGUAUAUAGUUAUAGUAAUGGUAAUAUAUACCCACAGACUGUCGGGUACUAAAGCUAGUUAUUGUAGCAUAUGUGAUUUUAGGAAUUUCUAAUUUAUUCUAAUGGGAACAUAGAAGUGGCUUGGAUAAACACCCCCAGAAAUUUUAAGCUCAAAACUUUAGGGAGAUAAUUAUGUGCUGAAAAAUUGGCUCUGGAUAGACCACAUUGCAUUGCGAUCCAACUUCCAAGAUCAGACGUUCUUGCUGAUGAAAAGUUAAUUGGGUCACUUCAGUAUUGCCUGAAAUUGAUGAACUUGUAUUAUGUUCCAAAAAAUAUAAAGUGUUCAAAUAUAGACCAUUGAUUUCAAAGAAAAGUACAACUUCAUUUUGCAGCAAACGCAAUUUAAUUAGAUGCAAUUUGUUUCAUUCAAACGGAAAGAAACGUUCAUUUUCGAAAGCGAAAAUCUCCAAAACGUUUUUAUGUUCUCUUAGUGUUGAAUAAAGCUGUAGCUACAUUGCCAUCUGAUGGUGAGCGAAGGGUAUUGAACUAAGGCCACAUAAAAAAAUAGUUGGUUAGGCCAAUAAAAAAAUGUGGUUUCCGGUUUCUUCUUAUAAAAACUUAGGUAGGGUAGGUCGGUUUUAACUUUUUUUUUUAACUUUUUUUUAAAUUUUCCUAACAACCGGACGCCAUUUUGUUUAGUCAGUGCUUCCACAUCCAAAGAUAAAUUUCCCGAAGAUUGCCUCAAAUUUCAAUUUUCCACAAAAUUUUCCCUCUAAGUGGAAACACUUACAAGCAUGAUCCAAUAAAAAAGUUUAGGGUCGGGAUUUCGACGUCCAAAAGCUAGGUAGGGUCGGGAAACCGGAAACCCGCAUAUUUUUUUUUGGCCUUAGCGUCCUCGCCCGUCCACAAAAAAGGCCCCGCUCAGGAUUUUUUUUUAUUUUUUAAAAAAUCCCCAACUUUUAUUGAUCAGCGGGCUCUAAUAUAUGUAGUAUUCCUGUUGACUGUAGUCAACGGUAUGACGGUAUGAAUCAUAUUUUGAAAUAUAUAAAAAAAUAUCUGUACUGCGCAAGAACAUCCAGUUUCGGACCUAAAACCAAGGCGUUAAAAACCCGCCCGCCCACGUUUUGGCAAAAGCUAAGGACGCUAACCAACUAUUUUUUUUAUGUGGCCCAAAAACAGUCAUUGUUUAUGACGUUGUCUUAAUCAUUCGGAGUGUGACAAUUGACGCGUUCUGUGUCCGUAUAAAUUAAUUACAGAUGUUAUAUGUACAUAACAUGUACCUAAGACUGAAAGAAUUAGAAUAUGGAUGUAAGAGUAUUUUGCUGUUCAAUCACUAUUUGUAUUUCACUUAAACUGUAUCUACAAUAGAACUGUCAUUAAGUAUUUUUUGUACCACCAUAUUUUAUGUUCUAGCUUUGUAAAGCAACAUAAAGAAAGGUACUCUGAACGACGGCAUAUAUUUUGUAAUUCAAAUCGAAUCAACCGUGAGGAAAUUGUUCUUUGAGCAACUUUUUGCAUCUUCAAAUGGUGAUUGGACAGUUGAAUAAUUUGAUAUCAACAAGCUUUCGUUGGUAGGGAUGCAACUACCUGAAAAAUAUAAGGAGAAUUUCGAUGUUUCGAGCGAAGGCCCUUCGUCUGGAGUUAUCGGAAUUCUCCUUAUAUAUUUCAGGUAAUUGCAUCCCUAUACCAACGAAAGCUUGUUCAUAUUAUUUGCACUACCCACACUGGCACAGACGGUUCAAGAAUAAUUUGAUAUGCCUAUUCUAAUUCUUCUAGUCUCAGCUUUUCUUUCUGUGGUUCCGGUUUCCUGACCCACCCUAUUUUUUCUGCUUACCCUGAUGACUUUUUUGGAUGUGGUUGGGCUGUUUGCCUACCUGCUGGCCCUAUUUUUUUCGUUGCUACUUUAUGGUCAAACCUGAUGGUGAAAAUGGCGUCCGUUGCCCACAGUUAUUGCUUCUUGAAAUGUUAUCUGGUGUGGCAACAUAGUCUAUCAAGAUAAUAUGAUGGUCUGCAAACCAAGGCCUUCGAGCUGUUUUGUAGCUUUGAAGUUUGCCGGCUUCCAGAUCAUCAUGUCUUGACUGUGGUGGUAAUGCCAACCUAUCACACUCAUGGCCAAUGCUGACCAAUGUCAGACAAAAAAUUUGAGAAAGUUAUUUUCCAACCUGCCUACUUUAGUUGUUUUUUUCAGAAUAAGAAACUGCAACCACGGGAUUUUUUUGUUAGGUCCAAUAACACAGAAGUUAAACUAGUACUGAAAACUUAUGCAUUCAAUUACUUUGUCGAUGCGAAACUUCCUAACGUUUCGUUUACCAGUUAGUGUGUUCGUACGUUGCCUAUAAUUCGAUAUGGUAUUUUACUGUAAGUGUUGUAAAUAUUCAUGCUUUCAACAGAAGACAUAUUUGUCGCGUAGUAAUAUAUUGUUUUAACUAUUGUAAAAAUGUAAAUAUUCUAUCUAUUUACCUUAACUAUAAUAUUUUAAUUUGUCCUUAAUUUAAUAAACUAAUUCUCUAAGUCUAAACUUAGAUACUUGA